GUUCUUUAUUGUUUUUAACGAGCAUUUUUACCAUGAAGAACUAUGUAUAGAAGACGUAAUUUUCUGUUGUACUGCUUGCAAAAGGAAAGGCAUUGCUCUCAAGUAGGUUUUAAAAGUAUCGUACUCGUAGCCAGCUGUGAACAAGGUGCAAUAAAGUACUUCAGAAGUUGUUCGUAAUUAAGACUUGCCGUAAUUCAUCUUAAGAGGCAUCCCUGACACGUUUUCAAGGGGG